AUGACGACGUCUGCAGACGCGCCCAUGGCUUCGGCCCCGACACCGUUCUUCCGCAUUCUCGCGACCGCAGCCAGAGUUGUCGAGCAGGUGCCUCUGCAGCCGGACCGCACGCCGCCCAUCCUAACGACGCCUCUGGACAGUGCAACGUCCUCCUCCACCUUGACGUCGCCCUCCCGCCUUCACGCCUUCUGUGCCCUCCCCCCGGCAGCCAUCUCUGUCCUCGCCCCUCGCCGUCACCCCGCUGCCGCCGCCCAUCUCGGCAACGGUCCCGGCCACAUCUCCGUCGUCACCUCUACCGGCUUCCAGAAACUGACUCUCGACGCCUACCACGAUGCCGUCGACGCCCUGCUGCCCGACAUCGUCGUCCCUAUGGCUGACCUGACCUAUGGUGGCCAUGGCGGCCUGUCGUACCCGACGGCUAAGCGCGCUGUCCGCAUGGCUGACCGCACCGAAGACUGGAUCGACCAGUUUCUGUCGAGGACCACCAACACCGCUGACGGCCCUCACGUCUUCGCCCCAACUCUGCCGGUGCCUUAUGCGACACAGUGGCAGUACCUCAACGGCCUGGCCGACUGGAUGACCGGCCAGGGCGACAGAAGCCCUCAGAAAGCCCUCGCUGGCCUCGCCGUCUACGACGUCGACCUCCUGCCCGACCUGCGCGCCGACUACGACAACUCCCUCGCCCUGCUGCCGCGCCUGUCGUUGCACCCCGCCCCCACCCCCCAUCAUAUGUUGCGCCAGAUUGCUCUCGGCGCCGACCUGAUCGUCCUGCCUGCCAUCACUGCUGCCUCUGAAGCUGGCCUGGCAUAUACGUUCUCCUGGGAUGUCGCUUUCCAGGCCGAGACUAUGCCCUCUGAUCGCCCUCUUGAUCCUCUCGAUCCUCUCGAUCCUCCCGACCAUCCUGACCACUCUCCUGACCAAAUCCUCCCCCUUGCCGUCGACCUCUCUGAUCCCUCACAUGCUGCCUCUCUUCUGCCGCUCGCUCCCGGCUGCAGCUGUGCUGCUUGUGUCGCCGGCCAUCAUCGCGCCUACGUCCACCACCUGCUCGACGCCCACGAGAUGCUCGCCUGGACCCUCCUCCAGAUCCACAACCACCAUGUCGUCGACCGCCUCUUUGCCGCUGUCCGCGCCACCCUCGCUGACCCCGAUCCCGAUGCCUUUGAGCGCACCCGACGCCGCUUCCACCUCGCCUUCGCCCCUGACCUGCCGGUCGGCUCCGCUGUCCGUCCCCGCGCCCGCGGCUACCAGGCCGUCAGCAAUGGGCCCGUUGACAGCCGCCUCAACAAGCCUGCCUGGGGACGUCUGGAAGAGGUCGGCCAUUGA